ACGAGUCCGUUGCUUCCAGCUGGUGAUGGAUUUCCUGAAGGAUCUUAACCAACCAAAGGUGUACGAGCUCAAGAAAGCCUUUUGCUUGUUUGAUCUCGACGGUGAUGGAGUUAUUAGUGAGCAGGAUCUAAAAAACACCUUCCUGACGCUCGGUGUGGACAAAUCUGAGUACGACAUCGAUAAGAUGUUCGAGGGGGUAGUGCAGCCGCUCAACUUGGACGUAUUUCUGCUUCUGAUGCUGCAGCGUGCCAACGGGCUAGCACCGCAAGACGUUAUGGUCGGUGCAUUCCGAAUGUGGGACAAGGCCAACACAGGCUUCAUCGACAAGGAACGUUUCGUUCACGACAUAACUACUUACGGUGAUCGAUUCACGCUGGCCGAGGCGAACGAAGCAGUAGAUGACGCUGUCAUCACACGCGGACCACAGCUCAACGACGAGGGACAACUGCUCGAGAAGCUGGACUAUAUGGAUUUCGCAGAAAACAUAUCCGGAUUCCAGAAGACGGAUCAUAAGUAGUUUGCCCCAUGCAUACUGUAGUUAUGCGAAAAGUAUGCCACUGG